CCCAGCGCCAGGACGAUAUUUGUUUUCCACCGAGUGUUUGGAAAUGAUCUGCCUCAACACAGUAUUUCCUGCAAAAGCGUUCACAUAAUUGUACAUAUUGUACAGCAAAAUGCAAACCUGCGUAUCGUGUAGAGUGAAAAAUAAUGGCAUGAUUGCUAUUUAUCAGCAUCCAAAUGGGUUGGAUGAGAUGUUUCACUCAAUUACCGACAUAAAGGUACAACCGGAAGAACAUCUGUGUGUGCCGUGCUAUGAUGAUUUGAAGGUAGCAUAUCGCUUCAAACAGAGAUGCAUUCAGAACACGGCACUACGGUUAUCGUCUCGGGCUAAAAAGACGACACAUGCUCCUGCAGACCAGAGCGUCAUUAGUAGUUGUACGGAUGUUUACACAACGUAUGAUAAAUCUGUUCCGGAAUCAACUAUAAAUCAAAAUACAGAAAACAAUAGCAGCAAUGGCAGGGCGAACACGUCUAAUCUUACACCGGAAAUGUCAGAUCCUUCGCCGCUUCCCAAGAUAGAAUUAUGCAUAGAAAAUGAAACGAUACAACAGGAUGAUGUUGAAAUUAGCGAAGAACUCAUUGACCCGCUACAAGACGAGGAAGAUCAACCGUUAGCAAAUUAUAUAAUCGGGGUAAUAGAAAGCGCAACUAAUGACAAUGCACCAAAAGACAAAGUGGGUACCGAUGCCGCUAAAGAACAAAUCGGCGACCAAACCAUAACUGCAGCCACCCAAGAGAGGGGUCAAUCCUCUUCUCUUCUACCGAAACUGCAUAGCCUGAUGUGUGAGUACUGUUUCAAAGAGUUUACCCUGCUGACCGACAAGAUCGAACAUACCGAGUCACACAAAUCGGAAGCGAAACCAUUCAAAUGUGUGCAGGAAGGUUGCGGCAAAUCAUUUAAAGACCGCGUAGGUUUGCGAUCGCACGUGCGCAUCCAUUCCGCCGUAAGGCGGUUCGGCUGUCGGUACUGCCCGAGGCGAUUCCACACGCUGGGCAAUCAGAUGGCGCACGAGCGAACACACAGCGGGGAGAAGCCAUUUAUCUGUCCAAAGUGUGGCAAAGGCUUCGCGGAGGUAGGCAAUCUCAAGAAUCACAUUCGCUUCCACACUGGCGAACGGCCGUACGCUUGCAAUCUGUGCGACAAAUCGUACAGAACGUACUACUCUCGCACGAUUCAUAUGCGCUCCCACACCAACGAACGACCGUAUCUGUGCGGUGACUGCGGGAAAGGGUUCUAUUCGAGCGGCAAGCUGACCAUCCAUCGCCGGACGCACACUGGCGAACGGCCCUACGAAUGUACGAGCUGUACGGCAAGGUUUUCCGCAACGUCCUCGCUUAGGCGACACAUGGUUAAAAAACACUAGAAUAAGUGGACAUAUAUUUAACUGUGUAGGGUAGUUUGCCAAUUGUUGCACACUUAAGGGAACAGCCAACGUAUUUCAUAAGUUUGAGAGGGAUACAACCACAAUAUUCAUGUUAUGUGUGUCUAGUUUACAUCAUUAUUGUUUAAAAAACAGCAUACAUAUAUUUUUCUAUUAUUCAGGAGGAACAAGUUUGCCGUAUCGCUUAAAAGUAUGAAUGUAUGUUGUAUUUUAAGCAGAAAAUGAUAAUGUCAAGAAAUACUGAUAUUUAAACCUAUUCAAAAGCUCAAUUCCGAAAUGUUAUACAUUUACAAAAACUCAAAGUUCUAUUAUUUCACACUUUUAAAUGCACUGAAACCGACGAAAAAUAAAUCUAUUCUGGAUGUUUUUCUAUUGAACUGCUAUUUCUAUUGUGUUUAGGACAAUACGAAACGCUGUUACAUUAACAUUACAUACAUUACUUAACACGUUUGUGCUUGGUUCGAGCUGGAAUUCCGCAAAAUAAGUAGCAACUUGCGGCACUUGCUGCCAGACGCCAAUGGUAGACGAAGGCAAAAUGAAGGCACGAUGAAAAAAUAAGGCUUUGGACUGUGCAAUAAAAUAGGAUCGAAGCGCUCUCUUUGUUCUAAUUAUUGAACAGUGUGUUCAUAACAUAACUAACUAAAAAAAUCUUAUUUUUUUUUAGCAAAAAGUCUACAUUUUUACUGUCAUAGGAAAAAAAACUUUCAUCAUCAUCAUAGUAGCAAUAGGAUUAAGUUUCACUCCUUAUUUAACAUAGGAUCCGAUGAGGUGAAAGCAUCCAAAUUUCACGUGAAAAUAAAUCUAAAAAAAUUGAAUAAUUAUAAUUUUAUUAAAAUCAAAACAAAUCAUGAAUCAACAGUCUAUAUUAAUUAACUCAGAACAAAAAUCGUACGAAAUGUUUGCCGAACCAGUGCACUUCCCACUCGUGAUUGGAAAUGAAACAUUCAUCAUCACUUGGCAAGAUCAGCGGAACAUAAUCGAUCGGCGGAACUGGUUUUUGUCGCGUCCUCCCAAUUCUACACCGACAGGUAUCGAAUGUCCAAUGGGAGGAGACCAGACUGCUAUGAUCAACUAUCAAUCUCUGUUAGCACAAAUAUUGCACGAGCUGCGCGGGAACGAUGCGGCUUUCGAAUCAAACCUGCCGCCUGGUCAAAAUAUGGAUGCUAGACAGUGCAAACCUUUUUGCUUCCACUACGAGAAGAAAACCGAUACAGAGGAUUUACCGUACUAUCAAAACCGAGAUCGUCUGCGAGCACCGAACGGAGAAAGGGUGGUGAAACAUGUGCACUAUUAUGUCGAGUCUGCCGUUAAAAGCGUGGGCACCAAUACGUCCGCCACGGAUCAGCCAAUGGAAACAGAAGAAAUCACCGAUAUCGAAGAUUUGGGGCUAUAGUUUGCAAGAAUCAUUUUUUUAAAUAAAAUCCCUUCGGUUCAAA